AUGUUCAUAUGACGUUUGGCACCUGGUGUUUUUCAUGAUCUGGCAGUGAGUACCAUUUCUGUGGAUGAUUCGUUUCUUGUUCAAGAAGACUGUCAAUGUUGUUGUUAUAUUAUGAAUUCCUAGCAUACUCAACAUGAAGCAUUAGAUUUGUUGUCAUAAAGUGCAAAACAAAAUCAUUCAUCAUGAAACGAAACCUAGACAGGAAUAUUUCACAGGAAGAAAUCGAAGAGCAGGAUCCUUUGGAAUCUGAACAGCAACAAGAUGAAGCAGAUCAACAACAGUUGGAGCAACAGCAACAAUCUGUUCAGCCACAGAUUCGUUUUCUAAGCGCCAAUGUGUUGCAGCAAUUGCAGCAACAGCAAGAUGCUCAGCAACAACAGCAGCAGCAGCAACAACAGCAGCAGCAGCAGCAACAACAACAGCAACAGCCACAAGUUAUUACCCUGCAAAACUUUGUGCCUUUACAAACUCAACAACCGCAACACGAACAGCAAAGAACACAAGCAAUUUCUGUCCAAUCGCUACCUCAUCAAUUUUUGCAAGGUGCUCAGAUUAUUAGCAGUGCUCAGGCACAAGCGCUUCAGCAGCAGCAACAGCAACAACAAAGCCAGCAGCAAGCUCAGCAGCAGCAAACGCAGCAGCAAGCCCAGCAGCAGCAAACGCAACAACAGCAGCUCAGCUAUAGUGUAAUUCCACAAAUGCAGACUGUUAAUAUAGAUGGUCAGGAAGCUCUGUUUAUUCCAUCCUCAGCAAUGUCGGGUCCAGGUGCCCAUCAGACGCAGCCAACAAUGCAAUUUGCUACUACGAAUGGUCAACAGAUGCAACUCACUGGUCAGCAGGUCCAACUAGCAAAUGGGCAAACUAUUAUCACACCACAACCAGUUAGUCUUAUAAGAUCACCGAAUGUCUUUCCUACUUCGAUUAUACAAAAUAUUACGGGACAAACAGUUCAAUUGCCAACAGGGCAAAGUGUACAGGUAAGACCGCUGCAAUUUCCUAUGCAACAUGUUCAGCAAGCAGUACCUGUACAAUUACCGGUCACUGCCAAUAACGGACAAACCGUUUAUCAGACAGUACAUCUUCCUGUCCAAUCCUUAUCUAGCGUUUUUAAUAUGCCUACAACGCAAAUGAUACCACAAAUUAUGCAACAAAUACCUCAAGUGGCGCAGAUUAUUACACCGAACGGUCAAAUUCAGCAAGUGCAAAUUGCUAGUUUACCGCAAUUGCAAAACCUUCAGAGUCAGCAAGUAACACAAGUUGCACAUCAACAGGCACAACAACAAGUCGUCCAACAACAAACUCAACAACAAGUGGUACAGUCGGUGCAACAGCAACAACAAGUCGCCCAAGCUCAAGUACAACAGCAGCAAGUGCAACAAGUGGUACAGCAAGUGAUACAACAGCAGCCAACAUCGUCCCAGCAGCAGCAACAGCAAUCGCAACAACAGCAGAUGCAGCAAUCCUCCACUCCAUCGUCGACAGUAGCGACUUGGAGCACAACCGUUGCAUCUCCCAGCAAUGUUCAAGUACUUGGUAUAGGUACAUUAGGAAGAAAUAUAACGGGAAAUAACGUUAUUACUACAAAAGAUGGUCAAAAAAUUGACGUGCAAACGUUAUCUACUUUAACGAGGCCACCCGAAACGAUAGAAGGUGACAUCAAAGUAACUAAUAUCGAUGCGAGUCAAUUAACUAGUGGGCAAGUAAUACAUAUUCCUGCUACACAAUCGACUCAAUCUACAGUGCAACCUAUUACAAUUACAGGAACACAAGGGCAACAGUUAACGCUUAUACCUGCGUCCGCACUAGCAAAUUUGACUACACAACAAGGUAACGUGAUGAGGAAUGUGAACAAUGGAAAUAUAAUGCAAAUUCAGCCAACUACCGGAAUGAAUACGACCAAUGGUUUCUUACAAUCGAUACCCGUGCAAAAUAUCCCUGGUUUAGGCAAUGUGCAAGUAAUACCGGCGAGCGCAUUACAGCCGGCUACAGUUCAAACGUUGCCGGCCACUGUUCAAACCACGGCCACACCUAUCGUCGCGACUACACCAACCGUGCAACUCGACUCAAAUGAUCCUACUAAAUGGCAAAUUCUCCAAACUCUUCAGCACGGGACCUUGACGACGUCCGCUACACCUGUAUCUCAUCAACAGCAAAUAUCGAAUACGCCCAGUACUCCCACCAAUAAUGACACUAACGAUCCUAAUAAACAGCACCGUAGAAGAGUCGCGUGUACAUGUCCCAAUUGCGGCGAUGGCGAUAGAAAUAGAGAUAUAACCAGGAAACGACAACAUGUAUGUCACAUUGCUGGAUGUAAUAAAGUAUAUGGAAAAACGAGCCAUUUACGUGCUCAUUUACGUUGGCACACUGGAGAACGACCUUUCAUCUGUACUUGGAUAUUUUGCGGUAAAAAGUUCACUAGAUCUGACGAACUCCAGAGGCAUCGCAGAACUCAUACGGGUGAAAAACGUUUCCAAUGCCCAGAAUGUACAAAGAAAUUUAUGCGAUCAGAUCAUUUAACGAAACACAUCAAAACACAUACAAAGAUACGGAGCACGGAAGCAGCCACUUCGACGCAGGAAGGCUCAUCUGACAGCCAAUCUUCCACCGAGCAAAAAAUCAUGAUAACUCUACACAAAGAAGAGCAAUCUGACAUCAUCAUAGCAGAGCCGAUUGAAUCCAUAAAAAACGACUCGUCGAGUCAUAUAACAAAUGACUAAAAGUUUUAUAAAAUCAGAUAACAAUCAGCAUAUCGGUAUCAUUGGGCGAAUUCAAGCCGGUAAAGCCGUGAUGUAUUUUUUUUUUAUAAAGACAGAUGAUGUACCAUAACGCACAUGUCGUAACGUAAAGAGUGUAGUGAGUCAAUAAGAAAUGCCCAUAAAUGCAGAACGAGAUUCAAAUGUUAAAUUAAUUGUAUAUUAUGCUUUUUAAUCCUCUUUCAACACAGUGAGAUUUUAAAGCACAACUGAUAUUUUAGUUAUAAAUUUUAAGAAAAUUGAUAGAUGGUCAAGACCAGCUAUCGUGUCUUAAAAAACUUGAUGACUGUGUGUGUGCGUGCGUAUGUGUAAAAGGUCGCUAUAGUAAAAAGUUGUAAAUAUUUUACGGAUCAGUUACGAGUAUAUUCGUCUUUAAAUUCCAAGGUUGUUAUAUAACGGAAUGGUUUUGAUUUACAGCCGGUAGUGUUAAUUGUUUUGUUAGGAGAAAUAAAAAUUGUACUCUCAAUGACCCUAAGUGUAAUCCGCGUUAAUACAUUUUCUAAAAAAAAAAUGCCUUGCAAUGUAUUUAACUGAUUUAACCUCUUAUAAUAGCACAUGUGUAAUAUCAUUUCGCACCUAUAUUGAAUUCUAACAUUCCUGGGCGAUUUCUGAUUGGCGAUUACUUUAGGGACAACUGUGCAUCUACAGGCAUGGUACACCUGUCUUUUUAUAUUAUGAGCAAAGUGACUAGCUAUGCUUGUCGAACGAAUGAACAUGAUUGAUUCCUAACUGUGGAUCUGAUCAAUUUGCUCGGCAAACAGACCUAGCCGCUUUGUCGAUUGAACGCGCCCAAUAUUAUAAUACAAAUUUUAUGAUCAAUAUUCAGUAUUAAACUUUGGAGAAAAAAGGAGAAAAUGUCAUUCGGUAGACAAACCUUAAAUAGACUUUAGCGCUUUUAGAAUGUAAAAAUGAAAGAA